GGUGCUGACUCCAGUUUUACCUGAGGUUGAAUGUAUUGGUUAAUUCUGAACACUGCCGAAUCUCCAGUUAUAGGGUGUGCACACACUUAUGCAACCACGUUAUCUCAGUUUUUAAUUUUUACUUCACCUCCCAAAAAGAUUUCUGCUUGUUUUUUCAAUCGUGUUAUAAAGGUUAUAGGUCACAUUAAAUGUGGAAGAAGUUGUGAAAUUAUUUGUCUUACUGUUAUUUUUUUACAUCACGAAAAUCUCACAUUUCAAGAGGGGUGUGUAGACUUUUUAUAUCCACUCACUGUAUAUUGAAGUUUCAAUGUUUGGGUCUUUUCUUCUGUUGUAUUGAGAUCCUUUAUAUUCACACCUGUUUAUAAAACAAGGAACUUUAAUUUUGUUCAAUUUGUUGUUUGUUGAAAACAAAAUGAAUGAAACACUACGGUAGAUGACAGAGACAUGAAGAAGGGAAGAACCAGGAGGUGAGCUUCGGCUUAGUUUUAGCCAACUGAGUUAAUCAAUACUUCACAGCAGCGCCUCCCUUUUCUCUUCCGCCAUGCUGCUCGUCCUUCUUUCUCUUCUUCUGCCUUAACCUGUCUUUUUUGGCUUCCUGUGCAACAUUUUUCAUUCAAAGCAUCUACUUUCUGAAUCAGAGACACCAUUACACCAAAUCCUAAGGUAAGUAAAAAAAAAACACAAAAAUACAUUCUGCAAACUACUGCUACAAGUUCAACUCCAACACCUAUUGAGUAGAAUUAGAAUUUGUGCUGCUGUUCAUCUGAAUACUUAUAACAUUACACGAGAUACUGACCUGUGUUAUUUUUGCUCUGUAAUGCUGACAUCCAAGACAUUAUUAUGGAAAACCCCUCCAGAACAAAGCGAGUGAGCACAAUCGUCUUCACUUUGGGCAAAAUCCCCCUUCUCCUUCUGCUCCUGUACCUCUUUGUGUGUUCGCUUGACAUUUUGAGCUCUGCCUUUCAGCUUGCUGGAGGUAAGCACACACAAUUCAUUGCUUCACUUCAGACUUUUAAUGAAUUUUCAAGCUUCCUGUUCAAACGUCUCUCUUGUUCUGGUCCUCCUGCAGGGAGGGUGACUGGUGAUAUCUUUCAGGAAAAUGCUGUGUUUUCUAAUCCAGUGGCAGGGCUGGUGGUGGGAAUACUGGUGACGGUGUUGGUCCAGAGCUCUUCCACCUCCACCUCCAUCGUAGUCAGCCUGGUUUCCUCUGGUUUGCUGGAGGUGCAGUCUGCUAUUCCUAUCAUCAUGGGAUCCAACAUCGGAACGUCUGUCACUAACACCGUUGUUGCUCUGAUGCAGGCCGGAGAGAGGGAGGAGUUCAAACGGGCAUUCGCCGGAGCGACCGUCCACGACUGUUUCAAUUGGCUGUCGGUGUUGGUGCUCCUCCCUCUGGAAGCUGCCAGCGGCCUACUGAGGCGCCUCUCGCAGGCCGUCGUCGACACUCUGCAGCUCAGCAGUGGAGAAGAAGCCCCCGAACUUCUCAAGGUCAUCACCAAGCCGCUGACUGCACUGAUCAUCCAGCUGGAUCAGUCGGUCAUCACCGCCAUCGCCACGGGAGACCAGACCGUCAGCAAUCAGAGUCUGGUCAGGCGAUGGUGUCCCGCCACAGAACUCCCAUUAAAGGAUAAUGAAACGUCUUGGCUAUCUCACAACCUUUCAGAACAAACUCAGAAAUGUGGACACCUCUUUGUGAACUGCUCUCUGUCAGACCUGGCCAUCGGGCUGAUCCUCCUGGCGUGCUCCCUGCUGGUCCUGUGCAGCUGCCUCAUCCUGCUGGUCAAAGUGCUCAACUCCCUGCUGAAGGGCCAGGUGGCCAGCGCGAUCAACAAAGUCAUAAACACAGACUUCCCUCACCCCUUCACUUGGUUAGCAGGUUAUCUGGCCCUGUUAGUGGGAGCAGGCAUGACUUUUUUGGUUCAGAGCAGCUCCGUCUUCACGUCCUCCAUCACUCCCCUCAUCGGUAUCGGUGUGAUCAGUAUUGAAAGAGCCUACCCUUUAACUUUGGGCUCCAACCUGGGAACCACGACGACCGCUACACUGGCGGCGUUGGCGAGUCCAGGAGAUAAACUCGCUGCUGCCACGCAGGUUGCUUUGUGUCAUUUCUUCUUUAACCUUGUUGGCAUCCUGCUGUGGUAUCCCAUCCCAGCUACCCGCUUACCCAUACGUAUGGCCCGCGCUCUGGGGAGCCACACCGCCAGGUACCGCUGGUUCGCAGUCUUGUACCUUCUCCUCUGCUUCCUGCUCCUGCCGUCCCUGGUGUUCGCUCUCUCCAUGGCCGGUUGGAAGGUGAUGGCUGGGAUCGGAGCGCCAGUCAUUGCGGCGAUUGUAUUUGUUGUGACAGUAAACCUCCUGCAGGAGCACAAACCGCACUGUUUGCCGCGUUCACUUCAGAGCUGGGACUUUCUUCCAGCAUGGAUGACUUCUCUGCAGCCGCUGGAUGAUGUGAUCACCAAGAUGACCCUGAGCUGCAGACAUCAGAGGGGCAGAAAUAUUCAGAGAACACGUAACCUGGAAACAUCACUGGAAGUUGUCACUGUUCACCCCGAGGUCAAGAAGAAACGGAGGGUGAACGAUGAAGGCAGAGAUCCUCAGGAGAACUAUUAUAUGAAUCAAGUAGAACUGAACGGCGCUGGAUGCUGUGUUCACAAGGGAAGCAAAACGAGCUCCGUGUCCUCACAGAGCGACAUGUACGAAAUGACACUGUGGUCCAUUACAGGAAAGGCAAACACAAGCCCUCGGCUGCAGAGCACUCGGUUUUAACGCUGCGAGACGUCCAGAAACAAACCGCCACUAUCUGCACAACUUCAAAGGUGUUGGAAAGCGCAUUCACUCAGGAAGCUCGCUGGUUUUAACUGUGCAGCUUUGAUGAAGCAAAGUGAAACCCACAAGAGCUCAGAGCAAGGGUGGAGAUACCAAGCAGCUUAAAAUAGCCGGAGAGCAGACGAAGACGUGAGGUGUGGGAGAGUGACUCGCGUCGGAGUGGUGGCAGUCUUACGCAUCUUCCCAGACGCUACACUUACCCUCAGCUCACUUCACUUCAAAACAAACGUGUUACCAGAUAUUUUCACGUCUACUACUGACAACUUUUACAAUUACAACUGUAAAUUCUCGUCAGAGUUGAAUGGAAAGUAGAAUUGAAAGACUUUAUUGUUCUCAUUGCACAGAGUGAUAAUUAACCAGGGAGGACUUAUCAGAAGUCUUCCCAGAGGACUCUGUCAAUGCUAAAGCCGGACCUGACAAUGAUUUUCAGAAGCUGCUCUUCAUGAACUCAAUGAACUUUGUUAGUGCAACAAGAGGCAGAAAGAUCAGAAGUAAAGUCAUGUCACGUCUGAUCUGAUGUGAAACGCAUGAAAAUCACUGUGUGGUUGUUUCACAAAACACUUUGAGAACUCCCUGGAAGUAAUAGAAGAUAUUCCCAUCUGGUUACAGUGGCCAUGAGAUGAUGUUUUCCUUCACUUUGGAAUAAAGUACUGUAAAAAAAAAAAAAAAAAAAUGAAAACAGAACUGAAACUGUGGUCAGUCUACACACACUUUAUUUGCAGAGGAAUUUGCUGUCUGUUGGGAAACUGAGGUGAUGUAGAAAAUAUUCAAUUUGUAGUCGACGCUCAAAUGUGCAAUUCAUUUAAAGGUGCUGU